CGAAGCCGGACUCGCCUUCGCCUCCAGUCCAGUCCCCCAAAUUACAACCCCUCUCGCUCGCCCGUCCGUCCCCAAAUCUCUCCCCCCUCACGAACCCCAGCCGAACCAGCAGCGGCGUCGCCGGCGAUGGAGUGCGUCAUCGGAGUGGUCGGCCGCGACUUCGCGGUGGUGGCGGCGGACACGUCGGCCGUGCAGAGCAUCCUCGUCCACAAGACGGACGAGGACAAGAUCAUGCUCCUCGACUCCCACAAGCUCAUGGGCGCCUCCGGCGAGCCCGGCGACCGCGUGCAGUUCACCGAGUUCAUCCAGAAGAACCUCCACCUCUACCAGUUCCGCAACAACAUGCCGCUCAGCACCGCCGCCACCGCCAACUUCACCCGCGGCGAGCUCGCCACCGCCCUCCGCAAGAAUCCCUACUCUGUAAACAUUAUACUUGCAGGGUUUGAUAAAGAUGCCGGUGCAUCGAUGUACUACAUUGACUACAUCGCGACACUCCACAAGAUCGACAAGGGAGCAUUUGGGUACGGGUCGUACUUCUGUUUGUCGCUGAUGGACAAGUUGUACCACCCUGACAUGACUGUCGAGGAAGCGGUAGACCUUGUUGACAAGUGCAUCAAGGAGAUCAGACUCCGGCUGGUCGUCGCGCCUCAGAAUUUCGCCAUCAAGAUUGUGGACAAGGAUGGCGCCAGGGACUAUGCUAGGCGUGAGAUCGGAGGUGACAGUCCUGCAGCCGCAACCACAGCCGCAACAGUAGCAACAACUGCCUGAGGUGAUCGGCCCUGUCGGUGGUCAUUUGUCUGGCUGGAGGCUGAACCCUUCCUGUUAAUUGUUUCUGAGUACUGUCACUAUGUAAUCGCAAUACGUUUCGGUUUGAGAACUGUGUUGCAAAUUCUCCCAGGCGUGGACUAGUCUGUUUAUGACCCCCUUUUCAUGGUUAUAUGUUUUACUGUUUCUUGCUCUCAAA